GGCUAGGGAACAGCGAGCAGCCAGUGAUGCAUCCAGCCUACCGAGCAAGCCUGAGUUUGGGGUCAGGAACCGGUCUGACAAGAGAAUGGCAAUCCUGCCUGUAAACUGUCAAUAGGACUGCACAUUUGAGGAUGAACCUACCAGAAUACUGGAUCCAAAGGCGACACACCGAGAAAGAGAAUGUCAAGACAUAUUUCAGGACAUUGUGAGUGCUACUAAAGAUGUCCGAUAGUGUCGAUAUUGAAGAGAAACCACCAGCCCCCCCCUUGAGAAUGAACAGUAGUUCCCGAGACUCUUCGUUGUUGAAUCACGCCUCCAAACCACUCCCAAUGGCUCCCGAAGAGAAGAACAAGAAGGUCCGCCUGCGCUCUAUCUUCCCUGGGGGAGACAAAACAAACAAGAAGAAGGAGAAGGAACGUCCAGAGAUAUCCCUGCCCUCCGACUUUGAGCACACUAUCCAUGUGGGCUUCGAUGCUGUAACAGGAGAGUUCACUGGCAUUCCGGAACAGUGGGCCAGACUCCUCCAGACCUCCAACAUCACCAAGCUGGAGCAGAAGAAGAACCCCCAGGCCGUCCUGGAUGUUCUCAAGUUCUACGACUCCAAAGAAACCGUCAACAACCAGAAGUACAUGAGCUUCACGUCUGGAGACAAAUCAGCACAUGGAUACAUAGCUGCCAACACUCUGAACCGACUGCUGUCGUCUGGGCCUCCUAUCAGCCUUAGAACCUGCAGCGCAUUAUUUGACAAGGGUGCCAAGACCUCGUCAUCGGAGCCCCCAAUAGCCCCGCCUGUGUCGGAGGAGGAGGAUGAGGAGGAAGAAGAGGAGGAAGAGGAGGAGGAUGAUGACGAUGAACCACCACCCGUCAUUGCACCGAGACCCGAGCACACUAAAUCUAUCUACACACGCUCCGUCAUGGAGCCCACCAAGCCUCCCACCCCCGUGAAGGAGGUCACCACCCCUCCAGAGUCCCAGGUCCAGCCGGACAACACGUCCAGCACCCUGUACCGCCACACCGACCGGCAAAGGAAGAAGUCCAAGAUGACAGACGAGGAGAUUCUGGAGCGGCUGAGGAGCAUUGUGAGUGUUGGGGACCCCAAAAAGAAGUACACUCGAUUUGAGAAAAUAGGACAGGGAGCCUCUGGAACUGUGUACACAGCCAUCGACAUUGCAACCGGCCAGGAAGUGGCCAUAAAGCAGAUGAACCUGCAGCAGCAGCCCAAGAAGGAACUCAUCAUUAAUGAGAUCCUGGUGAUGAGGGAAAACAAGAACCCCAACAUUGUCAACUACCUGGACAGUUACCUGGUAGGAGAUGAGUUGUGGGUGGUGAUGGAGUAUCUGGCCGGAGGUUCUCUGACUGACGUGGUGACCGAGACCUGCAUGGACGAGGGCCAGAUCGCUGCUGUCUGCAGAGAGUGUCUACAAGCUCUGGACUUCCUCCACUCCAACCAGGUGAUCCACAGAGACAUCAAGAGCGACAACAUCCUGCUAGGGAUGGACGGCUCCGUCAAGCUGACGGACUUUGGCUUCUGCGCCCAGAUCACCCCGGAGCAGAACAAGCGCAGCACCAUGGUGGGCACGCCCUACUGGAUGGCUCCAGAGGUGGUGACCCGCAAGGCCUACGGGCCCAAGGUGGACAUCUGGUCCCUGGGCAUCAUGGCCAUAGAGAUGGUGGAGGGAGAACCUCCAUACCUCAACGAGAAUCCCCUCAGGGCUCUGUACCUGAUAGCCACCAACGGCACGCCAGAGCUCCAGAACCCAGAGCGGCUGUCGUCUGUGUUCAGGGACUUCCUCAACCGCUGCCUGGAGAUGGACGUGGACCGCAGAGGCGCGGCCAAGGAGCUCCUCCAGCAUUCCUUCCUGAAGUUAGCCAAGCCCCUCUCCAGUCUGACCCCCCUGAUUGUAGCAGCAAAGGAAGCCAUUAAGAACAGCAGCCGCUAGGGGGCGAUGUGUGCCCACACACACACACACGGUGCUGUCUCCCUGGUGUGUGGGGUUUGAGUGAUGGUCCCAGCUCAAGGACGGAACACCUGCCUCCUGCUGAGGCUUGACAAACCACACCACUUCCUCCUGUCCUCCUCGCUGUACUCACGGAGCAGUUAGUCAGAAAUGCGCGAGCGCUCACCUGGCGCGUGCGCGUGUGUGUGUGUGUGCGGUCCCGGAAGGUUAAAAAAAACAAAAAGACAAAGGAAAAUUACGAAAAAACUACUUUUUUUUCAGGAAUGACAGAGCAAGAGAGAGAAGCAGGGAGAACAGUGGCAUUAGGAGCUUGUAUUAUCUUCCCUGUCUCAGCUUUUCUCUCUUCUCCUCCAGCCCCUUCUAAAACACACCACCAGGCCACACCUGCAGUGACCAAUAGACAUGAGACACACUCUGGGCCUCUGGAACCACCUGCAUGACUAUGGCUCUGUAUAACCAAUCUGCUCAUCCUUUGCAGACGAUCCUGUGUGUGUGUGUGUGUGUGUGUGUGUGUGUGUGUGUGUGUGUGUGUUUUGUGUGUGUGUGCGUUUGUGUUUUUUUGGGGGGGUAUUAAUAUAAGAAAAGUAGGAAUGUAGAGAGGUAGCGAAUAUCUAUCACAGCCAUAUGGCUUUUGCACUCCUGGGUGGACGUUUCCAGACAGCCUUCAACUGAGAGGUUGACAGAGAUAGGCUGCACUGGGGCUGCACUGGGGCUGCACUGGGGCUGCACUGGGGCUGCACUGGGGCUGCACUGGGGCUGCAGUGCAGCCUAUCUAUCACCACUGACUUUCUGUUGGAGCUCUGGGCUAGGAGUCAAGAUUCAAAGUCAAAACUUAAAGGUCAAAUUUUUAAGAAUAGUUUUUCAUAAUUAAGUUUAGAAAAUGAAGGCCCAUGUCUUGUGAUAGGCAUCGUUCAAGACUUCAGAUUGGGUAGUCGUUAUCCACGUCUGUAUUCAGUCAGACAUUUGACAUUGAGGGGAUGUAGUGCAGCUCAUUGUGUUCGUGUGAUUGUUAUAUGGGGAUUUUCGGUCAACGGCGGUCUUGA